AUGUGUAUCGCGCUCAUCUCGACCGCCCACCCUUCCUACCCACUCAUCCUCAUCGACAACCGCGACGAGUACCUCAACCGUCCGACGGACCGCGCCAAAUGGUGGCCGGAACCGCACUCCCACGUCCUCGGCGGGCGGGACAUGCUCCGCGACAUCCACGGCACGUGGCUCGGGGUGACGCGCGACGGUAAAAUCGCCGUGCUCACCAACUACCGCGAGGACACGACGCCGCCUCGGUCGGCGGUGUCGCGCGGCGCCAUCAUCAAGCAGUUCCUGUCCGAGGACGUGGGGCCCGUGGAGGCGUUCGUCCGGGACGUCGUCAACACGGGCAUCGCCAAGGACGCGGGCGGGUUCAGCCUCGUGUGCGGCGAGAUCGGGGGCCAGCUGGCCGUCAUCUCCAACCGGGCCGAGGACCAGAGCCAGGUGCCCUGGAUCGGAGGCGACGUGGUGCAGACGGUCGGGCUCAGCAACGCCGCCUUCGGCGACCGGACGUGGAAGAAGGUCCUGUUGGGCGAGGAACUCAUGCUCGACACCAUCCGGUACAGCGUCGAGCACGGCGAGUCCGAGGACGAGCUGAUCCGCCGGUUCCUCGACCUCCUCAGCCACGAGACGCUGCCCAGGGAGGGCAAGGCCGACGACGCCGGGCUCGAGGCCUACAUCAUGGACCUGCGGCACUCCAUCUAUGUGCCCACGCUCGGCCGGCGGGACGGGUCGACGGUGCCGAACCGGACGCCCGACGACGAGGUCGCGGCGGCCCGGUUGCGCGAAAAGGUCGACGUCGUCGGCUUCAACACCCCCGUGAGGGACAACAGCCCGUCGACCGCGAAACCCGUCGCCGCCCGUCAGCUGGGCGUGAGUGGCCUGUACGGCACGCAGAAACAAACCGUCGUGCUGGUGGACCGAGAGUUCAACGUCCGGUUCUUCGAGAGGACCUUGUUCGAUCAGGACUCGAAUCCUAUACCUUUUGGGGAGGGGGAUGUCGAUGUGAGGUUCAAGAUUGAAAAGUCAGGCGGCGGCGGCGACGUGACGACGUGA